UUCACACAGUGAGUUUCAGCUCCAAGUGUACACAAAUAGGUGUACAUUUAAACCCAGUGUUAAUACACAAUACGUUUGGGUAUUGUGAUAGAAACAUUAUCUUCCCCUUUGCAGCUGUGUCCAAGAGACCACAAAAGAACAAAUGUUUUGAUGUAUGGAGAUUUGCAAUGAGAGAGCAAAAGUGAAACGAGAUCCCAGAGCAUUCAUGACUUUUCUAUUGACUCUCUCUCACCCCAUGCAAGGUGAAAAUAAACUCUGCACUACAGUCAUCAAACAGGACUGUUAUUUCUGUACCUGUAUAUGUUUGCUACACUCCACUUUUCAAGAUGAAUCCAGCUCAUGAGGACAUACUCCGACGACAUCGGACGGACAUUGUGAAAGUUUUAGACGUAGCUCACGUCAAAGACAGCCUCAUCGAACAUGGAGUCUUCAGCACGCAGCUCUGGGAUGAGAUUGAAAAGGCGGGAGGGGAGUCGAAGCGAGAAAAGGCGUCCAGGCUCCUAGACAGACUGCCGACUCGCGGCCCCAACGCUUUUUCAUGUUUCUGUGAGGCACUUAUGGCGGGGGAGUACGACUUUCUUGGGGAACAAUUGACAGAGGAAGCUGAACAGCAACAUGUACUAGAGUCUGUCCAAGCACGUGGAAGGAGAACACCAAGCUCUAGUCACCACUUCUUUGAGGAAGUAGCUGUAAAUGGCCAAGCUCAAACAAUGGACCAGUCUUUAAGUGGACAAAUCAACAACAUCAAGAAGGAAUAUCGGAAAUGCUUGUUAAGGGGGAAGGGAGUCACUCUUGUAAAAGCACUCAACAAAGUAAUCCACUUUAAAAAACUCAGAGGCAAAAGGGCAUCAGAACAGACAGUAACGUCCCUGAAAUACAUCAAAGAAGCAUUAAAAAGUCCCUCAUUUGAUGAAUCCAAUGUGUCUGCUCUGACAGACUUUCUGGGCUUAGUUGAGAAAUUGAAGCACAUCAGAGAUGAGUUACAAAAAGACGGGUCAGUUCCUGACUAUGUAACCAAGCUGACUUCUAUGUUAGCAGAAGGAGCUGACUUCUCCACUCUCUAUAACACAACUCUUGACAUAGGCUUGGAUUAUCUGAGAGAUUUUGGCAUGCAAGGGAUGGAUGCUGCUAGUAAAUCCAAGUUUGGCUCAGUUUUGGUCCUCAUCCCUUAUCUCUGUGACCUUUCUGAACAAGCAGUCCAACUGACAAAGAGACGUGUUGCAGACAGAGUGGACAACUCACCUUCAAGUGAGGCUGAAAGGAUGGAGCCAUUCAGUGACGUGGUUGUAGAGGGAGUGGCGAUGUCACCCUACCCUGAACAGGACGAGGUGUUCUUACCUGAAGGCCAAUCUUCUGCAAGGAGCUACGUGGACAUAGAAGGCACCAUGAUGUCCAGACUUGACCGUGCCUCAGAGAGAAUCAGCCGGCUCGAACAAACACAGAUCCGGUACUCUCAAGACAGGGACCGCACCAGCAAUGGUAUUCUAGAGGAGAUAAAAAAACUGAACUCCAAGAUGGACGUACAGGCUUUGAAGAUCGACCAGAUGGAUAAGAAGAUAGAACAGCAGUCACUACUACUGCAGCAAAAUGAGGACAUCAAGGCUAGUCUGUUUGAUGUGUCCAACCACCUUGAGUACAUAAAGAAGGCCCUGGGAGGACAGACAGAGAAAAAGACUGUACUAGAGGCCAAGGUUAGCAGCCUGGAAGGGAGAGUGUUGAAUCUUCUAGAGCAGGAGAUUGACAGAUCCAAACUGAUGGAGGAAAUAAAGGGUGUAGAAAGUGAAGUAGUUGAGCUGAAGGAGUGGUUCCAGGAUGGGGACCUGUACAUCACAGAAAGGUUAGAACAGAUGAACAGGCACCUCCUGGAUGUGCUGCUGAAACUGGAAAGGGAUUCUUUAGGUCGACAACUCUCUACAGCUAUAGACAUGGUAGAAAAACAACUAAAGUUCAAGGAAUUCACACGGUUUGCCCGCAUGUUGGGAUUCUCUGACCAAGAGAGCACCAAAAUCCGCAGCGCUGCACGAGACAAUUUUGGCCAACAGAAGUCUGAACUCCUUCGGAAGUGGAGGGAAAAGAAUGGCAGUAAUGCCACAGCAAAGCACCUUGAGCAGGCGUGUAGGAGCACUGGUCUAUCCACCCUGGCAGACAAGAUUUCACGCAUCUCUGGUGCUCCAAGUGCAGCUCAUGCAGUUAGACUGCCAUCAUUAACAGGUGGACAGGGAAAUCCAAACAGACCAGUGGUCAGGAAGACCAGCUAUCAGGAAUUAAAAGACAGCCUUAUUGAGCAUAGAAUCUUUGACAUUGACCAAUGGGAACAGAUAGAAAAGUCAGGGGACGGAACAGAGCGUGGCAAGGCUUCGGCGCUUAUGGACAAACUGCCGCGAAGUGGGCCCAAGGCUUUUUGGUGUUUCUGUGAGUCACUGAUGACCGGAGGGUAUGACUUCCUUGGGAAACUGCUCAUAGAGGAAGCUUUAUCCGGGCAGAUAACUCGCAUCAGGAGCGACUAUGGGAAAUGCGUGUCUAGGGGAAAAGGAGCGAUUGUGUUAAAGGCAUUCAAGAACGUUGCUCACUGUAUAAAGACUGGAGGCAACAAAGUAUCAAAGCAAAAAAUAACAUCGCUGAAACACAUCAAAGAUGCUCUAAAAAGUGAUUUGUUCGAUGAAUCCAAUCAGUCUAUUCUAACUGAAAUCCAGAAUUUAGUUGAAGAAUUGAAGAACAUCAAAGAACACUUUGCCAAAUGCAAAGAAGUUUCCGAACACGAGAAAGUAAAAAGGCAGCCACGGGUGCGGAGAAAACCGUCUCUCACGAAUAUGCGGAUGCUCCAAGACAACAAAGAGGUUUUGACAGGACAGUCAGCGGUCGUGGCUAAAGUAAGCGAUUUGGAGCGGAAAGUGCAGAAUCUCCGAGACCAACCUCUGGACAUGAGCGACAUGGUCAACCUCGUGGAGGAAAUUGAGAGCAUACAAAAGGAAGCUGGUAACCUGAGGGCCUUGCUUACAAAAGAUUGGCCUGAAGCUAUCGCGCUACAGCUAGAAAACAUUGACCAAAUCCUGAAGGACGUACUGUCGAAGAUUGCCGUAGCCCAGCCAGGUGUCAUGACUAUUGCUGAAGUGAUAGAAAACAGCAUCAGUGUCACCUGGGCAGAAGCACCGGGAGCCAAAGACAGCUACAGUAUCAGCAUCAGUCCUGCUACCGGUGUCACCAACCCUAUUGGAAGUGUGGACGCUGGAGCCACACUAGAGUACACCUUCACUGGUCUGACAGCAGGAACCCUGUACACCAUCAGUGUUGUAACUGUCAGUGGCAGAGUGAACAGUGUGGCAAGAACAGAGACACAGAGGACAGAUCCAGAAACCCCUGUUGGACGCAUAGUCAGGAAUAUUAACGCCAUCAGGGAGGAAUAUAAGGAAGUGCUGAAAAUGAGAAAAUUAACCCUGUUUGAAGCCUUGAAGAAAGUAGCAAAGAGUAAGCUCGUAAAGAGUCAAAGUAGUAAGCUCGGAAAGAGUCAAAGUAGUAAGGCAUCAUCAGUAGAGAAAGUAACAUCUUUGAAAGACAUCAAAGACUUCCUGAAAGAUUGCCCGCGUAAAGAGCAGUCGCCUAAAAAGCAGUCGCCUAAAGAGCAGUCGCCUAAAGAGCAGUCGCUUGAUGAAGAGCAGUGGGCUCUGAGGGAUAUUUUGGGAUUGGUUGAGAAGUUGAAGCACAUCAGAAACGAGUUAAAAGAAUACCGCCCUGUUCAUGGACUUAUGACAGAAUUGAAUUCCAAGUUGGCAGAAAAAGCCGAUUUCUCCACUCUCUAUGACGAAGUAGAGAACGGAAGAGGCUUGAAGUACGUAAAUGAUUUUGAGCUUGAUUGGGUAGCUAAAACGGACAUGUCAAAAAAGGUUGGCUCUGCUUUGGUCCUCAUCCCCUAUCUCUGUGACAUUUCUGAACAAGCUGUUCGGGAGAUGAAGACACAAUCAAGUAAAGCACCCAGUGGAGCAAUUCCGAAGAAGAAGAAGUGA